AUGAAUUUCAACCAAUUUGACUAUCUGCAGCAGGUUACAAAGCAGACGAUGACCGACUUUCCACCGCCGGGAACCACCAUCAAGACAAGGGGUUUCAGAGAAGUGUGCGAGGUUGAUGGCCGUACAUACUUCAGGAAGAGGGGUGCCCGGGAGUGGACUGAGGACACUUCUAAUCCAGAGGAGUUGAAACCACCUGUGGAAAAUCCCCAUCUCUAUCUCUAUCUCGUCCAAGAAGAACAGGCCCCCGGAGAGCCCAACUACUGGGCACUAUUUCUUGCCGACGAGAACGAGCCUGACUAUGGCUAUGUUUACCAAGUCACGGGUGAUGCAGAGGACAUGAAAUACGAUCCGUCGGCUGAAAAGAUCAAUGUCGUUGACGCUGGCCUCACUUCCAACGUCUAUACGCUGGCUGUUGUGUCUCAAGAACAGGCCAGGGCAGCGAGGCUGGUGAAACAAGCUGCCGAGGAGGUACUUCCUCCACAAGCGGAAAAUCGCAAGUCUGUUACGGAGAAUUGCCAGGGGUGGACAGUGCGUGUUAUUAAGAGGCUGGUUAAAGAGAAGAUUGUUAUGCCUCAAAAGCUUGAGUUGGCAAGGUCCUUGAUGCAGGGUGUUUGA